AUGGAAGAGGAUGAAGAUGCAGAUGAAGAAGAAAUAAAAAAGAGUAAAAAGAAAUUAAAAGAAAAAAUAAAAACUAUUAUAAUAGAAGAAAAAGAAAGAAAAGAUAUAGAAAAUAAAAAGGGAGAUCAUAUAAAUGAGAAAACAAUAGAAAAAAACUUAAAAGAAAUGGAAAAUGAAGAAAAAAAAAAAAGAGGAGUAGAAGAUAAACAAUAUAGGAAAAAUGAUGAAAAAGAAAAUUUAGAAACUUCGAAUGAAAAGAAUAAUAAUAGUUAUAAUUACAAAACAAUAAACAACUUUUUUUUUCGGAAAGAUUCGAAGUUAGAAGAUACGAAAAUAUGUGAUGCAUGUAAUUACUGUGACGAUACUUGCUUCUCUUUGUUAUGUAAGAAUUGCAAAAAAAAAAAAAAAAAUUUAUACAAAAAAUAUAAAAAUUCGAAAAAUAAUAACUUAAAAAUAUGCGAAAACCAAAUGAAAAAAAUAUUUUGGUUGAAUAAAAAAAUACAUGAAAGUAUAAUCUUUACUAGUUAUAAAAAUGAGAAAAGAGAUAUUAAAAAUAAUAAUAAUGAAAACAAAAAGAAAGAUGAAGAAAAUACAAAUAGUAAAAAAAAGAUAGAUACUUCAGAUAAUAAUUAUAGGAAAUUUAAUUCUAGUAUCGAUGAUAAGGAUAUCAUGUAUAAAAAUAAUAAUGAUGAAGAAAAAGAUAAUUAUAACACUUUAAAUUAUAUAAUUAACAAAAAUAAAAAUUAUGUGCAUUCAGAAAGUGACCGUGAAAGAACAUCGGAAUAUAACUUUACUAAAUAUAAACAAUAUUUUACUAAAUGUGAAAUUGAAAGACAUUGUAAAAUAGAUGACUGUUGGAUAAUAGCGAAUGGAUAUGUUUAUGAUGUAACAACAAUUAUUAAAUAUCAUCCAGGUGGAAUUAACUGUAUUUUAAAAAAAGCUGGUAAAGAUACAACAGUAGAUUAUUAUUUCCAUUCAAAAUAUGCUCAAAAAAAUUUUUGGGAACCCUUAAAAAUUGGCAAAGUUGUCAAAUGUAAAAAAGAUAUUUUAGAAGAAAAAAAGAAAAAAAAUUUAAUAUCAACAAAAAAAAGAAAUUUAUGUAUAUUUAUGUGA